UACGUAACAAAUUAACUAUACCCAUGGAUUUCUUGCUCAUUGCCCUUACACUGGCUUUCUCCUUUUUUCUUUUCUUGUUUCUUCACAAACUGUCGAUCUCCUCAGCUAAAAGGCAGAGUAGGAAUGUACCAAAAGCAGACAGAGCAUGGCCGAUUAUCGGCCAUCUCCACCUCCUCAAUGGACCUCAAAUGCCUCACGAAGUAUUCGGUCAUAUGGCUGAAAAAUAUGGGCCUAUUUUCCAAUUAAAACUCGGAGUAAAUCAAGUAGUAGUUGUGAGUGAUCACAAUAUAGUUAAAGAAUGUUUCACCACAAACGAUAUGGCCUUUGCAAAUCGGCCCAAAACCUUAGCUUUAGAGAUCUUAGGUUAUAAUUAUGCCAUGUUUGCGUUUGCACCUUAUGGGUCGUACUGGCGAGAGAUAAGGAAGAUAGGCACAAUUGAAUUGCUUUCAGCUAGGCGAAUUGAGAUGUUUAGCCACAUUCGAGAAUUUGAAGUAAAAUCAGCUGUUAAAGAGAUUUAUGAUAAGGGUAAUAAUUUAAAUGGUGUUGUGAAGAUGGAGAUGAAAGAAUGGUUUGGAAAUUUAAUUAUGAACAUUAUGAUGAAGAUCCUAUUUGGAGUACAAUACAAAGGUGAUGAUGAAGAAGAAAAAAGGAGGGCUCAGAAAGCAACUCGGAGAAGUUUUGAAUUGUUGGGGGCUUUUGUUGUGGCUGAUUUUUUACCUUACCUAAGAUGGCUGGAUACUGGAGGCCAUGAAAAGGCCUUGAAAGAAACUGCUAAAGAAAUAGACUGCCUCGGCGAAGAGUGGUUAGUGGAACACAAAAGAAAGAGGAAAUUAAGGGUAAAUAGAAGUGGGGAUGAAGAAGAUUUCAUGGAUGUCAUGUUAUCCAUUUGCGAAGACAAAGAUCUUCCUGGUCAUUUUGAUGCUGAUACCAUUAUCAAAGCUACUUGUAUGAGUAUGCUAUUGGCAAGUGUAGACACCACCAUGGUAACUCUGACAUGGACUUUAUCUUUACUUCUAAACAACUACCAAUCACUAAAAAAAGCUCAAGAUGAGCUAGACACUCAUGUUGGCAAGAACAGAUGGGUCCAAGAAUCGGACAUCAAGAACUUAGUUUAUCUUCAGGCUAUUGUUAAUGAAUCGAUGUGUUUAUAUCCACCCACACCAAUUUUGCUACCCCACGAGUCGAUUGAGGAUUGUGUUGUUAGUGGCUAUGAUAUACCAAAAGGCACUCGCUUAUUUGUGAACAUGUGGAAAUUUCAUCAUGAUCCGAAUAUUUGGCCAAAUCCACACGAGUUUAAGCCAGAGAGGUUCUUGACGACUCAUAAAGAUGUUAAUGUAAGGGGAAAUCAUUUUGAGUUAAUUCCAUUUGGUACCGGAAGAAGAAUGUGCCCUGGAACUUCUUUGGCCCUUCAAGUUGUGUACUAUGUGUUAGCUGUAUUGCUACAAAGGUUUGAUAUUAAGAGGCCUUCUGAUGAACCAAUUGAUAUGAGUGAGAGCUUUGGAUUGACAAAUCUUAAAGCUUCUCCACUCGAAGUUCACCUUACUCCACGAUUGAAUUCUAAUCUUUAUGAAUGAAAU